AACUCUGUAACAUGCUGCGCCGGCCGUUCGACCGGGUUGGACUAAACCAAAACCACAGAGGGGGAGAUCUAUUAUUGUCAAGGUUCUUAAAGGGACCGCGUGCUUUUUUUUUUUCUCUGUUCCUAGCCUGGGAAGUCUAGCGGGAGGUUGCAAAAAUACAAAAAGGGGGGCAUUUCCUGGUUUUCCUAUAGUGCGUGGGAUCAGCAAAGGAAAAGGGUGGGGAUCCAGCCACCUGGUUUCCUUAGGAGAAGAGCGGAGGGUGUUGCCUGACCUCUACCUGCUUGCCUUGGUCUUUGGGUCGGGCAGGGCUUGCAAGGAAGAGGCCGAGAAAUAGCAGGAACAGGAACUGGCAGCAACAUGAAGCAAGAAAACAUCUUCCUCUUCGUCCCCAACCUCAUUGGUUAUGCUCGUAUAAUCUUCGCUUUUAUUGCUUUCUAUUUUAUGCCAACUUCGCACCUGACGGCAUCCUUUUUCUAUCUGCUGAGUGGUUUCCUCGAUGCCUUUGAUGGCCAUGCAGCCCGGGCCCUUAACCAAGGCACCCGCUUUGGCGCCAUGCUGGACAUGUUGACGGACCGCUGCGCCACCAUGUGCCUGUUGGUGAACCUGGCCAUGCUCUAUCCUGAAUCCGCCCUCUGGUUCCAGCUCAGCAUGAGCCUGGAUAUUGCCUCCCAUUGGCUCCAUCUUCACAGCACAGUGGUAAAAGGCGGAGAGAGCCACAAGAGCAUCGACUUGUCAGGGAACCCGAUCCUGCGAGUCUAUUACAACUCCCGGCCCGUCCUCUUCACUAUGUGUGCUGGUAACGAACUCUUCUACUGCAUGCUGUACUUGCUGUGUUUUGGUGAAGGACCAGAAGUCUUGCACACCCAUGUUGGUCUCUAUCGCCUGGUGCUGUGGGUCUCCUUCCCCAUCGCCAUCAUCAAGAGCCUCAUCAGCCUCAUCCACUUGGUCUCGGCCUCCUGCAACAUGGCUGCUUUGGACGUUGCUGAACGUGCAAAAAGGAAAUAGCCCUUCCAGGCUACAGUGUAGGGCUGGGAGCCAAACGCCCCUCAUCCUUCCAAAGCAGGCAUGGGCAAACUUCAGCUCUCCAGGUGUUUUGGACUUCAGCUCCCACAAUUCCUAACAGCCAGUAAGGUGGCUGGGACUUCUGGGAGUUGAAGUACAAAAUGCCUGGAGAGCCGAAGUUUGCCCAUGCCUGUUCCAAAGGGACUGGCUGCCAACCUUUGCCUCAACGGGAUGAGGCCUUGCCUCUGAUUAGCCACUCCAGCUGUGCAGUUCGUGCUUGCUGUUAUGAUCCCUGUCUUCCCAAAUGCUUUGUGGUCCAUAUUGGAUGAUGGUUAGAUCCAGCCUCCUCCUCCUGACUUCCUACAUAACCCUCAUAAUAUUUAUACAUUGUUUCGGGGGGAAAGUAGUUGCUGGGAAGAGAUUUGCCACAAGUUCGGGUUGAAAGGGAGGAAUUUGGUGCAUCGUUUUGAAAGGCAGCUAAAUAGACUCCUUUGGGGGAUUUUGACAAUCCUGCACUGCUGAUGUUAUCUUUUGAGGGGCGUCAAAUUCAGCCAUGAGAGAAGCCCCUUCAUUCUUUCCCAAACCCUUUAUUUUCCCAAACUGAGCAAGACUAUUUCCCCAAGAGGGGCAUAUCAUUCCCAUACUUUUCCAACUGAUAAUUCAUUAGCCGUUUCUCCUGACUGUACAAAUAUACAUAUUUCAAACAAAACAUCCUUAUAUUUCCAUAUAAAGUAUUGCUGCCCCUUCAUUAUUCUCUCUGGCUGCGUGUUUCCGUUUUAGCUGAUCGUUCACAUUGUCUUGGCAAAAAUGUGUCAAACCUUUGCAUGGCCAUAAGGAAACUGUUAUUUGAAACAGCCUUCUCCCAAUAAUGCUUUACUUUUGGAAUGUAUAUUUCUUGCUCAGUUGCCAUCAGCUGUUUUUGUUACACGACGCUACGUGGCAUGGUAAGCCUAGGAAAAACCAUACGUGCGGUCUGGACAUUGAAAGGUUAUUCACUUGUGCAUCAUUUUAAGAUGACCAUCGUUGAAAUGAGAUAUUCCUCUUUUGUCAAUCAUGUAUUUGUAUUUUAGGAGAAGGGCAGUAGAGUCUGAUAAUCGAUAAAUAAUGACCCAUCUUGCUUACCCUGACUUUUUAAUUAAUUCUUCCAUGAAAGCAGAUGGGAAUCAUUUGGCCUUCCAAAUAUUGGGUUGUUGUGUGUUUUCCGAGCUGUAUGGCCAGGUUCCAGAAGCAUUCUCUCCUGACGUUUUGCCUGCAUCUAUGGCAAGCAUCCUCAGACGUGAGGUCUGACUUCACAAUUCUGAGGAUGCCUUAAGCACUGAGGGGGGAAAGGAAAGGGCCUGAGGCUGUUAGGAAUGGUGGAAAUUGAAGUCCAAAACACCUGGAGGGCCCAAGUUGGCAGUCAUCCUCCUUUGGACAGCUUCCAAAUGAAAUGAUAGAUAUCAGCUCCCCAUCCACACUAUCCAAGAACCUCCAUCUCUUCUGCAUCACAUCAAUUACCCCUGGCAGAGUGCUGUGUAACACAAUGUCUAGACUGGAUACCAGUGUAGCACCAAAUAUGUGGCUCAAUGAUUAAGGAACACUGCUAAUAAUUAAUUAGGUAAUUGCAAUACACAAGGCACAAAAGGCAAUAAUUCGUAUCCCACACUCUACUCUGUGUAUCUUAAUGUUCUGCUGAAUACCCACCGGUUCCACAUGUACACCUCCAAGGGACCAUUUCCCAUUGUCAACCAAAAAAAUAACCAAGCCUACUAUACUUACAUAUGCAUACAUUAUGCAUGUAUCACUAACAGGAUUUUGAUCACUGCUUUGUGCUGCCAAGUUGAAUUUAAUACAGUCUUAUGAAUGAAAAAUCUCUUUAAGUCGUCCUGUCAUCAACGGCCCUGCUCAAGUCUGGAAGAAUCAUAGAUGCAGGCGAAACGUCAGGAGAGAAUGCUUCUAGAACGUGGCUAUACAGCCCGGGAAACACUCAGCUUCUCAGUGAUUCUGGCCAUGAAAGCCUUCGACAAUACAUCUUCCAAAUAUUGUUGCUUUGCAAGUCCCAGCAGCCACAGCCGGUGCAACCAAUGGUAAGGGAUGCUAGGAAUUGCAGUCCAAAAACAUCUGAAGGGUUGAAGUAGAGCUUUGCCUACCACAAAACUCUUCUAAGGGAAGAAAGACUUUCCCCAUACAAGAUAUAUCAAUAUCUUGAUAGAACAGGAGCCUCAUCUUCUGUACUUGUUUACUUCCCUUUUUGUGGUCCAACUUUGCACAACAAAGUUCUGUUUUCCCUGUGUGGUUUUUUUUAAAUCAAAGAUGACUAGGUUGCUGUAAGUUUUUCGGGCUGUAUGGCCAUGUUCCAGAAGCAUUCUCUCCUGAUGUUUUGCCUGCAUCUAUGAUAGGCAUCCUCAACCUCACAACCUCAGGAUGCCUGCUAUAGAUGCAGGCGAAAUGUCAGGAGAGAAUGCUUCUGGAAUAAGGCCAUACAGCUCGAAAAACUUACAGCAACCCAGUAAUUCCGGCCAUGAAAGCCUUCAACAACACAAAGAUGACUAGGUUUACUACUUGAAUGGUGGCCAUCUUAGACCUAACCUAUUCCUUAAGAUUUCCUUCUUUCCACAGAAGUCAGAUUAUUAUAUUUUCAGUAGGACAUGGGGGCCAAAGCCAUAGAAGAGAUGGGAAAAGGGGUGAUGAUUGGUGAGAAACACCAGAUUUAGGAUCUAGGUUGGAAUUCUUGGGAUUUGGGUGUUGCACUGAACUGAGUUGCCAUCCAUGUAUUCAUAUAAUAAGCCAAAUUAUGUAUUACCUUACUGCAGAACCUCUUGUACCAAAGGGGAAAAAACAACACACCUUUGUUGAGCUACUGAUUUUCCUUGCAUCCCUACAAAGUCCCACACUGUCUCCUGCAGGCUUGGGGCCAGUGUUACUUGCCGGUCCUUCCUCCACAGUGUCACUGCCAACACCCUCACAACCCCAAAGUAUGUGUAAUUUAUACAUUGGUUUUUACCGGUUAAGAGGUUUUGGUGCAAUAAGAGCUUUCUCUCUUCUCUCUCUUGCAGAGUGGGAUUCGCUAUAAUAAAGACCAUCUGUAUCACCA